AUAUUGGAAUGCCAGCCUGUUUACCCUCUUACAAAUGGAGGGGUCGAGGAGCUCUCGGUCGGUAACGUAGACUCGUAUUCAGGCACGCUCCCCCUCACCAGCCCCGAAAUCUGAACCGCACCGACAAAGUACUCUUCCACCAAGAGCUCCUCGAAGGAAAUCAAGGUCAACAACCAAGAUGGCUCCCUCAACCGAAUCCCUCCAAUCCCUGAUCCUCACAACCCUCGACACCGACUCCUCCAUCCCGGAUACCCUCUCCCUCACCUCCCCCGAUGGCACCACCCUCGAGCAGCUUCAGAUCCAGGGUGCGCUCAACUCCCUCGCCGCGCGCGAGAUGUUGACCUACAAAAACAUUACCCGUGAUACAUGGGUCCUCACACCCGAGGCAGAAGGCCUUCUCGCGGAGGGAAGUUACGAGGCGAGGGUUUUUGAGGUUGUUAGGGCUGCGUUGGAGGGGUUGACGAUUCAGGAUUUGCAGGCGAAGGUGGGGAAGGAGGUUGCGGGUUUGGGACAGAAAGCUGCGUUCAGGAAUAAGUGGAUCAAGCAGGAUAAUGGAAAGUUGGUCAAGUGUGUUGAUGAGGUUGAGGAUGUGACGCAGGCGCAAUUGAAGGAGGUUAAGGAGACUGGAAACUUGAAGAACGCGAAAGUUUUGGCGGAUUUGAAGAAGAGGAAGUUGGUUGCGUUGCAAAAGUCUCUGUCGUUCAGCGUGGAGAAGGGUCCCAAAUUCUCCACCACCAUCCAAAAACUCGAAACCGAUCUUACUGCGGAGAUGAUCGCAUCGGGUUCGUGGCGCAAAACAGAGUUCAAGAAAUACAACUUCAACGCACAGGGUGUCCCACCCGCCGGCGGUGCCCUCCACCCUUUGAUGAAGGUCCGCGAGGAGUUCAGGAAUAUCUUCUUCGAGAUGGGAUUCCAAGAAAUGCCAACCAACAAAUUCGUCGAAUCCUCCUUCUGGAACUUCGACGCCCUCUUCGUUCCUCAACAACACCCCGCCCGCGACAUGCAAGACACUUUCUUCAUCAAGGACCCACAAGGCGCCGGGUUGCCUGACGACAAAGAGUACGUCCAGCGUGUUGCAGACGUCCACGAGAAGGGCGGCUUUGGGUCCAUUGGGUACAGAUAUCCGUACAAGGAGGAGGAGACAGAGAAACUGGUCCUGAGAACACACACAACCUCCAUCUCCACCAACAUCCUCUACAAACUUGCCAACGCCCCCGGCGGCUUCAAACCCGCAAAAUACUUCUCCAUUGACCGCGUGUUCAGAAACGAAUCCGUUGACGCUACGCACUUGGCGGAAUUCCACCAAGUCGAAGGUGUGAUCGCUGACUACAACCUCACGCUCGGUGAUCUCAUCGGCUUCAUGGAAACUUUCUUUGCGAAAAUGGGCGUCACGAAUCUCAGGUUCAAAGCCGCUUACAACCCCUACACCGAACCCUCCAUGGAAAUCUUCUCGUACCACUCUGGUCUCAAACGCUGGGUCGAAAUCGGGAAUUCCGGACUUUUCCGUCCUGAGAUGUUGGAGCCUAUGGGAUUGCCAAAAGGCGUGAGAGUCAUUGGGUGGGGAUUGUCGUUGGAGAGACCGACGAUGAUUAAGUAUGGAGUUGAUAAUAUUAGGGAGUUGUUGGGUCAUAAGGUCAGUCUUGGGUUUAUCGGGAGUAAUCCGGCUGUGCGGUUGGACAAGAAGAUGGGGAGGGAGGCGGUUAAGGAGGGGGCUGCGGCUGAGUAA